AUGUCUCUUGCUAAGACUCUGGUGGAUAUUUGCCGGCUGCUGCCUGAAACUAAAGUGCCAGAACUGGUGGUCAGCCUGGUGGCACUGUCUGUUCUCAUUGUGGUCAAAGAAGUCAAUAUUUGCUACAGACAGAAGAUGCCUCUGCCCAUCCUGAUUACUAAAGUAGUAAUAGGAGCAACAAUCAUCACCCACUUCUGUGGACUUACAUACAGCAUUGAUGUGGUCGGUGAGAUUCCCAGUGAGCUCAAUACCCCUCGUGCUCCAGAUGCCACAUUGUUCUCAAAGGUGAUAGGUGAUGCUUUUGCGAUAGCCAUUGUGGGUUAUGCCAUCAACAUUUCCUUGGGCAAAACAUUUGCCCUGAAACAUGGCUACAAGGUGGAUAGCAACCAGAGUGGAAUUGAAAUAGAGAAGCUGCUGACAGCGAAGAAGAAACUAGAUGCAAAGCUGAAGCGUGAACAAGAGAAAGAGAAAAAGAAAGCUAAAAAGGAGGCAAAGAAACAAGUAUGA